AGCAUGCGCAGGUAGCUCGUUGGGCUACGGCGUGUUCUCCACGAUACGAGCAUAACAAACUAACCCGGAUUUAAAACGUUAUUAAAUGUAGCUCAGGCUCAUUGAAGACGAAGGCUACUUGUGUGGUGACAUCGCCUGUGAGCUAGUAAAGGAUAUACAGACGGAUUCAAUACGAAACAUUAGUUUUAUUGUCAGAUAUGUUGGUGGUGUGGUUAGCUAGCUAACGUGAAAGCAGGUAAACAAGCAGCUGGGUCGUUUUAACACAGGCUGUAAUCUGACUGUAAUCUGGGGCAACAUGGGGAGGAAGAAACAGGGCAAGUUUGUGAAUCCUGACAACAAGGGCAAAGACAAACGACACAAAAUGAAGGGGAAGACCUUGGAGGCCUUCACAGAAGAGAUGCACACAGCUUUUGAAGCGAGUCUUCACGUAGAGGAAGGAGCGGAGGCCCCUCAGGUGAAACUGCCAUGUCCACUCGCCAUGUGGGAGUUGGGUCACUGUGAUCCUAAACGUUGCACUGGCAGAAAGUUGGUACGCAAAGGGUUUGUACGCAACCUGCGCCUCAACCAGAGGUUUAAUGGACUGGUACUUAGUCCGAUGGGCACAAAGUAUGUUACGCCGGCAGACAGAGCGAUUGUGGCUCAAAAUGGUUUAGCGGUGAUUGACUGCUCCUGGGCCAAACUGGAUGAGACGCCCUUCAGCAAGAUGGUCGGAACUCACCCCAGGUUACUGCCGUUUCUCGUAGCUGCAAACCCCGUCAACUACGGCAAGCCUUGCAAGUUAUCUUGUGUUGAGGCUUUUGCUGCAACAUUCUGCAUUGUAGGUUUUGAAGAACUUGCAGUGCUCUUAUUGCAGAAAUUCAAGUGGGGGAGAGGGUUCCUGGAGCUGAAUAAAGUUCUGCUGGAGCGCUAUGCUGCUUGCCAGUCAGAGGAAGAGCUGCUCUCUGUGGAGAAGGAUUAUCUCACAUCCAAACCAGAGGAGGAGGACUUUGAUCCUUUCGAUGUUGAUUCAGGAGUAGAGUGUAGGAAUCUCAACAGACACCAGUGUGAACCUGAAGAUGAUGAUUCUGAUGAGGACACGGACGCCUCUGAGGAAGAUGAAGCUGAAGAUGAGGCUAAAGAUGAGGCGGAAGAUGAGGCGGAAGAUGAGAAAAAGGAAAGCAACGACGAGUCAGGAGCCUCCUCGCAUCAUAAAGAAGUGGAGAAGAGAGAAUCAGGCUCAUCACAAUAAAGCAUCUUUGAACCAUGGGGGAUUCUUUCUAACACAAGAACUGGCAAAACUUGUUUUACUCCUAAAUUAAUUGAUUGCAAUUUUGUGUCAGUUUUGUAUAAAAACAUGAAAAUAAUCUAAAUAAAUGUGUUUCAUGGAAUCAAA